CUUUUGUCUUGGUGGGCCUGGAGAUUUAGACGCCGUGGAUGGACUAUCGUCUUUUGCUCAAGUUUUUGUACCUGUUUCGCAUUUUCAAAAAGCGCGCGCACUAUCACCAUGUUUAUUUAGUUGAAUGUUUGUAAAUGUAGCCAUCAACAAACAUCUAUAGUUGACCACAACCAUCUGGCACGGCUAACAUUGCUGCAUAAACAUGUCUGCCCUGCUGAAGGUUGUCAAGGCUGUAUUUAACAUAUUCUGUGGUGGAUCAUCCCAAGAACCCAGCAAGCCACAAGAGCAAUCUCCUCCUCCAUUUCACCAGCCAGAGCAGCAUCAACCGGUAUUUCAGCCACCUCAUCAACCGUCUCCCCCACAUUAUCCACCGUCACCACAUAGACCACCAAAGCAUGAGGACGACAACCAGAAAAACCAGCAGAAUGAAUACUACAUCGACCUUCGUGCGCGCGCCAAUAAAGAAGGGGAUGAAAUGGCUAAAUGUUUCAGUGAAAGCCAUGAAGCCUAUAGUUGCGGUGAUGGUGCUAGAGCCAAGGAACUCUCAAGCCAAGGGAAAAAACACCAACAAAAAAUGGAACAGUUGAACAAAGAGGCGAGUGAUUGGAUUUUCGUUGAAAACAACCGUGAUAGCAAACCUGGGGAGAUUGACCUGCACGGCCUUUAUGUCAAAGAAGCCAUUGCACGUACAGAUAUUGUCCUUGAAGAAGCGAAGCAAAGAGGUGACUCUGAAAUUAGGCUCAUCGUCGGUAAAGGCUUGCACUCCAAGGGGGGCGCAGCAAAAAUAAGGCCAGCUGUUGAGAACGUGAUGCGCAAACACCAGUUGGUCGCAGAGCUGGACCCCUCAAAUUCCGGCGUCCUUGUAGUGCACCUUAAUGGAGCGAGAGGCGGAGGCGUCGGGCCGGACGAAAUUGUGCGCCGGCUUGACCGCGAUAAUGUUUGUGUAGUCAUGUGAAUUGUAAUUAUUUAAAUAAAAAUAAAAAUACUCCAACCGUGGGC